UAAACCCUGAAUUGACAGCAAGUGAAUUUAUAUUAUUACCUGUCAAAACAUAUCUUGGAUGUGUCUCAUCUGGGUAUGUUUUAAUUGAUAAACAUGGAUAAAUUAACUCUAAUAUCUGGUACGUUGUUCAUGACCGCCGAUAUUUUCGCAAUAGUAAGUUUGGCCAGACCAGAUUGGAUCAUUACAGAUGUUGGAGGUGAUACAAGAUUAGGAUUAAUGUGGACGUGUAUGACUUUAUAUAAUCGACCCCAAGUAUGUUUCACACCGGAUCUUCAGCCUGAAUGGCUGCUGGCACUUGUGUGCAUAUUUGUUGGAUGCAUCUGCAUAACAACCACCAUUAUUUUGCUGGCAUCGUCUCACUGGGAUCGUAAUGUCGUCCCUUAUGCUAGAUGGGUGGGAUUUACAGCAAUGGUUCUCUUUUGCUUAGCUGCAGUGAUUUUUCCAAUGGGCUUUCAUGUAGAUGAAAUAGGAGGUCAGCCCUAUCAAUUGCCCAACAGUCAUCAAGUUGGGAUAUCUUAUAUUCUCUUUGUUCUGGCGCUUUGGAUUACCGUAAUAUCCGAACUAUUUGCAGGCAAGGUCUGUCUUCCUCAUUUUUGACGUUGCUGUUGCUAUUUUGUGUUUUUGUUACUCAUUAUCUACGCUGUAUAUUCUUUUUUGGCAAUGAAGGGUGACGAUUCUUUUAGUAGUAAGUUUAACUCGUUAGAAAUAGAAUGUAACACUCGUUUACUUUAAAAGGACAUUUUACAAUUUUAUAUGCAUAAGGCUAAUAAUCUCUUGAAAAUAUGACGUUCUAGUCAUUAGGUUGAUCUUAGAAAUGAAUCUAGAAGUUGAGCUAGGGUCUCACUUUUGGGAGUUUAUCCAAAAAAUGUUAUAAAGACUCCAGAUUAAAUUUAUUGUAUAAAAAUAAAAUAUUAUUAUAAAUC